AUGUCUCAGCAGCUGCCAUAUUUACAGAUUUCGAAAUACGUGGGUAAGCGCAGAAUUUCUCUCCUACGUUUGCGAAGCCAAAGUGAUAUGUUGAAUGACUUCUGGAAGUGCAAGACUGGCGUCAGCAUGCGUCGUAUUCUCUUAUGGAUACUCGCAUUUCGGUGGUGGUCUUCCAUAUGCCGUGCAGCGGUGUCAAGCGACAGCACCCUCAGAUCGACUUCUCUAGGUCCUGCUGUACCACAUCAAUUAGACGCAAGGGAUACCAUUUUGCCCAAUUCAACUUUCAACGUCGAGAACGACAAUGUCCCAAAUGAUUUCGAGCUCGACAUCAAAUACCGAGACUCGGCAAUCUUCGUCGCAAGCUUCUGGUCUUCUGUCAUCAACGCAAUAGGUGAGGUCGCACUACUCCCGUUUCUUCAAACGACAGAAGGCUACAUCGCUCCGGAUGAGAGCGUCGUUGCCCUCGCAGAUUCAACUCAAACGCCCGAUCUCUACUUCAGUCACAUUGUAUGGAGUCUUCAACGGAUUGCAGAGGAUCAGUACCGUAACAAGCCAUACAAGGAAUUGAACGCUGGUAUUUUUGUAUCAAGCUCUGGAGCUGCAGCCGAGAAGACCAAGGUGGGACAGAUUGGGAUUCGGGAUGUCAGACCUAGGAUUGCGCCCGGCGACCAGAAUGCUACCAAUAUCUCAUCAAACGGAUCAUUCGCUGGCGAUAGCGCUCCAGCAGGUGCAAGUAAUACCACUCUACACUCAAGUACAGGUGACUCGCAGCAACUGCAGGGAUCGGGUAUGUCAUACGAAAUUGAGGCUCUCCCGGACGCUCGCUUUCUUCGCUCAAUCGAUCUGUUCAUCGCGAUCAUACGAUCGAUAGCGCGCCUCGGAGAGACCGAUUAUUCUCAGAUAAUCACGCACUUCGAAUACACGGAUCCAGAAGCGAAUAUCGCGAUAACAUUUUCAUUGGACCCUGGGGUGAGAAGACUGGUCACGUACGAGGAAGUCAUCUUAGUCCUUAAACAAAUGGCGCUCAAUUCGUUGACAAAGCGUAUCUACUUGGAGAUUUCGGCAACGUUCUUCAAGAGCUCAUCGAGGAGGAGAAAGAAUUAUGGCGUUAUUGUGGUGAAAAAAGUGGAUGUUCAGCCAGGAGCUGGAGGGGCCGUGGAGUAA